CCUUUUUGUCUUGACCUUGACCCUGUACAACGUGCUACGAAAGUUUUCAUUUUUUAACACCAUUUCUGUUCUUUUUAAUUCCAAAUUUGGAGUUUAUUAAGUAGAAAAUGUCAACGCCGAAACAUAGCUCAAAGUUAUCGGCUUUUUCGGUUUUCAAAACGAAGCGGACUUCGAGUUUAGUUGACGUGAAUAGUGGCACACCUAAGAAACUACCUCGGAAAUCAAUCAGCGCAAAUGUGACGCCUGAAAAUUCGAAACAGAAUAGCGUUUCAUCACUAAUUAAUAAAUUCCGAGCUGCUAGUGAGAAAAGGAAGGAUAAGCAAUCCGCUAAGGAUAUCAAGAAAGCUCUGAAGAGUCUCUCAAAAAAUGGUAGUGGCUCAUUUAUCACUAGUAAAGUAUCGAGUUUGAAGAAAAGUCGAGAAGAUGGAGUUCAGCUGAAAUCUAUAAAACUUAAGGGUUCUAAUGUCAUUAAUCAGUCCCCCGUCAAAACAGGCCCUGAUAAGAAAAAAUCACCACCCAAACCACUUCCAAGAAAAGGCUCCAUUCGACCCAAACCUGAUGUUUUGAAAAUAGUGAAAGAUAACGACGAUAGUCGUGGACUUCGAAGAAGGAGUACAACUUUAUCCCCAAAACUUCCUCCUCGUCCUUCGAAGCGAAGAAAGUUGAGUAAUGACUCAGUAUCCGGAGGUUCUGAUAGGGAUUCUGUCAUUAUGACGCCCCCACAUGGUGAAGAAAUUAGAAUGCCUCUCCCUGUUCAUCCUUCUGUUCAGUCAAAUGGAACAGUACCGAAGAUGUUUGAUAGUGCCUUUGAGGCCAAAAAAUUAUUCGAAUGCAUGAUCCAUCCCAUUAACGUAUCGAAAUUUUUUUCAGAACUAUGGGAAAAGAAACCACUUUUGGUGAAAAGACACAUUCCAAGCUAUAACGAUGGCUGGUUUUCAAGUGGUGAAUUGGAUAGAAUACUGAGAGAGGAACAAGUCGAUUUUGGACGCAAUAUAGAUGUUGUAACAUUUAUUGAUGAUAAACGAGAAACUCAUAAUCCCCCUGGCAGAGCUUACGCCCCUUUAGUAUGGGAUUUUUAUCAGAACGGUUGCUCCAUUCGUCUAUUAAAUCCCCAAACCUAUUCAAAAAAUGUUUGGAAAUUUCUCUCUUCUUUACAAGAAUACUUUGGAUGUAUGGCUGGAGCUAACGUGUAUUUGACACCUCCAAAUUCGCAAGGCUUUGCUCCCCACUGGGAUGAUAUCGAAGCAUUUAUUCUUCAAUUGGAAGGAAAGAAAAGAUGGCGACUAUACAGUCCAAGAAGCGACAAUGAAACCCUUCCGAGAUUCUCGAGCGGUAAUUUUACUGAUAAAGAUAUCGGUGAACCAACACUCGACGUAAUCCUAGAGGCGGGCGAUUUACUCUAUUUUCCACGAGGAACGAUUCAUCAAGGGAAUACGGUUAACGGAGAGCAUUCUCUGCACAUUACGGUUUCAAGUAUGCAACGUAAUACGUGGGGAGAUUUCUUGCUUAAAUUGCUUCCACAAACGAUUGAAAAUGCUAUUGAAGAGGAUAUAGAAUUUCGUUACUCUUUGCCCACUGAUUAUUUAAAUUACAUGGGAGUUGCUCAUUCAGAUUUGACUGAUCAAAGGCGAACAAAAUUUCUCCGUCGUUUAGAAAGUUUAAUGACUAAAUUGCUGUCUCAUGCACCGGUUGAUGAAACGGCUGAUCAAAUGGGUAAACAAUUUUGUCAGGAUACCUUACCUCCCGUUCUUACUGAUGAGGAAAAAAUAAGAACUGUUCAUGGGCACGGAGAACGAUGGUGCCCUCAAACUAAUAGCGUAAUAAAUGCUGUUGAGUUGGAACCUGAUACGUGUGUGAAAUUGAUAAGAAAAAGUUUAAUUCGAUUAGUUAUGGAGGGCUUUCAAGUUUUCAUAUAUCAUAACCUUGAAAACACAAGAGUAUGGCAUGAAGUUGAGCCUCGUUGUUUUGAAAUUAAACCUAAUCUAGCGCCCGCUGUUGAGUAUUUAUUACAUUCAUAUCCCAAUUAUAAACAAAUAGAUUCUUUUCCGUUGGAAACCAUUGACGAAAAGAUGGAAUUAGCGUCAAUUUUUUACGAUAAAGGAUUGUUAAUGACAGAAGAUCCCCUGGAAAUUUACGAUGAUAGUGAAAGCGAAGAUGCUGGGGCAUUGGAAAUUGAAUGA